UUCCUUCGACCCUUCUCACAGGAUUCGUGUCUUCUCAAUAUGACGUAGACUAGACAGCUAUACCACCGCAUGGCAGGGCGUCUAUUUAUUGGAGUGCAUCAGCUGGUCGCGGCGCUUGGAGCAUGGUUUGCAUGUUUUGCAUCGGAGAGAACGCACGCAUGGUUGGGUUGGUAUGUCAUCUUGGAGCGCGGAUGGCAUGGCAUUCAUUACAGGAGUCCCACCUGGACGAGUGUACAUACAUUACAAUUCUUAUCACGCUGUUCGGAAUUUCAUCCAAUCUCCUGGUAUCAUAUGCCAUAGCAAUAAGCGGCCCGUUCCGUUGCAUCUCCCAUCCGACGGGAACCCAAGACGCCUCUGAUAGAACUUCCCAUUGACCUAUUGCAACCGGAGCGGUGCCGGUCUGACCCCCAAAACGCCAUGCUCAACCCACAUUGUCCCAUAAGGGGAUGACGGCGCGGA